AUGGACAUAGAGGAUUUCCACGUGCGCAAUCAGAAGAAGGAGAAGCUGGAGCAGCGAAAGGAAGCCGCCGAGAUCACACAGAGGCUUCUGCAGGCAUCACAGCAGAACCAACUCCAGCCCAAGGUCGGAGGACAGUUCAUCAAUGCCUUUGGGCAGGAGGAGGUCGGUAUCAGCCGAAGGGAAGCAAGGGCGUCCGCUCUCCGUCAGCUCUAUGCCAGCAGCACAGAGAAAGUUGGGUCCGUGCAGAUCACGAAACGUCCGAGGGAGGCCGUGCAGAAGUACGUUCCGAGGUCGUUCAACGAGUCCAAGUAUGAGAUGGGGCAAUGCUGGGGCCUGUCGACAUCGAAGCCAAAGCACGUGAAGCCUGUCUCACGAUCUCGCGAUCCUCUGAAGCCGAGGGAGGCAGUUCCUUGCCUGCCCCCCGACGAGCCUCGCAGUAGCUUCCUCGACAGGUUGCCGCCUCCCCCGAAGCCGGUGGUCUCGAAAGACAAGAAGAAGAAGAAGUGA